AUGGCAUUCCAAAACGACGUCGACGACGUUGUCGACUUCCUCCUCACUCCGUUCAUCGACAUCGUAAGUAAGGCCAAAGACGCGGCCGACCAUGCCGGCGAUGAGGAACCGUCCAUGCGGAAGACCGCGGAGAGUCUAUCCAAGGAGGGUCAGCGUGCGGUCAACCGUCUCGAGCCUCUGUGUAGGAAGAUCUGUAUCCAACACGGGUCGUCUUUCGUCAAGGCCAUGAAGACAAAUGAGGAAAUCAGCCAGUUCCACAUGGAGCUUACGGACUUGCUCUGGGGCUUCGACGACUUCGUCACCGUCGAAACAUUUGACGAAGACAAAUACACAGAGCUCCAAACUAUGUGUCGUAGCUCCGCGCCCAAGAUUUACAAUAUCCUCGUCCGAACAAACAUUGAGCUACUGUCAAGGCUCUCGGACUCGGAUUCGUCGCUACGUAUUGUGCCUGAAUCACCACCCACGUCACCUAUGUAUCCACUGUCGCCAUCCUCAUUUACCUGGCAGCCAGACAAUAAAAUGGAUACAGAGCCACCAUUACUGGGAACUGCGCCAUGGGACGAGAACUUGGUGAAUUCGCUUCAUAUCGAAUCACAGGCAAAUCAGCGGAAGCUUGGCCGCAGGUCACCGGCCACCACUGUCUACUCAACCUCUGCCCCGGGAUUAGAAUACGCAGUCAUCAAUGCAAAACGGCAAUCUUACAGUAGCGCCCAUUCUUCCGGCUCAUCCGCCAGCCAUUCAAGUCGCGGAAAGGUCAGGCGAUCAGUUCUUCCAAUCCGGGAACAGAGGGAAUUGAGUACAUCUUCAUCGCAAGGACAUUCCUUUCCUCAGCCACUGUCGUCCCGCGAUGUACAUGAAGCGUAUCGCUCGCCGAGACCCGUGCCCAUGUCUGGCCGGAUAUCAAGCCAGGAAUCAUCGACUUUUGGAACACCGCCUGAUUGGAAACCACCGGCUAAAGCCGUACCACCGACUCCAGUGAUUCGGAUGCCGUCCAAGUGCUGUCUCAUCAAUGAGUCCAGUUCAUUCCGCCAGUACGGAGGAUUUUGUUCCGGUGCAAAAGAUAUCAUCAAGGGGAGUGUUGGUGUAAAGCAGAAGCAAAAGCCGGUGCAUAGGACGUUGUCUCGCGUAGUUGCGAAAUGCACCGGGUGCGCCUGGGAGUUGGAUUACGAGCAUAUCGAGAAUGAUCAGUCUAACAAAGAAAGUGGUAGCAUGACCAAAAUGGAUGUCAACUUUCGUCUUCGACUUCUGCAAAAGAGUCAUAUGGCUGUGAAGCGGCCCAACGAUAGGCUCUACGGUUGUGUCUUUUGCGUGCAAAGCGGCUACACUAUGGAAGAGAGCGAUGCGACAGUCUUCUUUUCUGCUGAUGAUCUAUUAUCUCACCUAUCUCGACAUGUACGGCCUCUUCCUGUAGUUUCCGGUGUUACAGUUGUGUAUGGAACGGAUGUUCCUUCGCAUCUUCUCAACAACUUCGACUUGCAGUUCAAAGUCCCCGCAAAGCCGAAUCCAAUUCACCGGGAGAGCACAGAAAUAGAUGGCAGACCAACAGGAAUAGCCAUGAAGGAAACACGACGAGACGAGACUCAACGGAACAUCGUUGACAGGGACCGCCCUGAGGAGCUACAGGUAGCUACCAGAGCCAGGCUCACUGGAAUCAAAUGGCCGCCUCAAUACAAAGGUCGCAGAGUAUUUGCCUGGCACGACGGCACUUUCGCUUCGCUACCAUCUGAGAUCAUCAUGCUCACUGCCCCUGCAAACUGUAAGUUGAGCAGGUCUAUCAAGACGCUGGUCAGCGCCAAGGCAAAGUGGAAGUUUUCCCCAAAGCACGGCAAGGCGGGCUGGCUCAAGUUUGACAAGGGAGAUACAAUAACCAACAUCGGAUGGGAACAUCCAGAUCACUGGUGCUGGUGCGGCACAACCAGUAAAGGUGAAUGGGGCAUCUUCCCACAGGCAUUCAUCGACCCAAACACCGUUCGAGAUGACACGCCUGAUAAUCCAUCUCCGGAUUGA